AUGGCUGGCAUGUGUCUUGGCUUUGUUGUGGGUGGUUGGCUGAGUGAUCGUCUGGGACGCAGGAUUGCCAUCCUGUCAACCGGCGUGGCCGAAUUCGUUCUCUGCCUCCUUGCCUGUCUUAGUCCACACCACAUGUUCUACUCUUCCACCCGUUUCCUCACCGCUGCCUGUUUCAGUGCACGGAUAGCCGUGGCCACAGUCAUCGCUGCUGAACUUACAACCGCCAGGUAUCGAUCCAUUCUUUCAGCCACUGGUUCAGUCAUACAGCUUACUGUGCAUCGGGUGUUGAUAGCCGUACUUGCAUACUUCGUGGACCGGUGGCGCAUUCUCACAGCAUACAUGCUCUUCCUCAACAGUGGAGUGUUUAUUCUCUGUUUCGUGCUGCCGGAAUCGCCCAAGUGGUUGGCCGCACGCGGAAAAACGAAUGCAACUGGUAGGUCGCUUUUCACCGGAUACCGAACAAACCUGCGGUUUACCAACCUCUUCUCCAGAAGAGUAGACAGGCAGAAUUGCAUGAGCGAAGGUGAGUUUUUGGCGCUUGUCGGUCCACCGUGCCGGUCUAUAGCCGCGGAGACGGAGGAGGAAGGCGAACUUGACGUACCGGCAGGUGAUGUGGAGGUAGAGAUGCGUGCGAGCACACAACAUCGCCCCUGCGGCAGGCCCUUGAAUGGUGAACUGGUCUGGACGACGUUUCUGGCGGUUGUGCUGCUCACCUGUCAUACCACCGGCCUCUACGGCAUGAUCUUCUACUCAAUGCACAUCCGCUUCCACGUGUCCCUCGUGGUGGCCAUUAAUGCCGUGGCCAAUAUGCCGGGUUGCUUCCUCUCGGCCUGUCUGUAUAGGUUUUUCCGCUUCCGAAAGAAACCCCUCUUGGGGCUCAUCCUAAUCGCAGCCACCUUCCAGUCAAUCGCAGCCCUGCAUACGCUAAUUGCUCAACCUGACGGUGAUAUUUUGCUCAACGUCUUUGGCAACAUCAUCCUCUUGCUCCAAACUGCCGGUAUAAUGAUGCUGUUUGUGUAUGUGCCCGAACUCUACCCACCCCUACAGAGGAACCGCGGCUUUGGGAUCUCUGCAGGCGUUUCCCGUCUCGGUGCCCUCACCUUCCCCUUCAUAAACCGUCUGGAUGCAGAUGUAAGACACGGUCUCCCACUGGCCAUAUACGCCGGUAUUUCGGUCAUUCAACUGCUUGUUCUUGUAUUUAUCAAAGACACAAAUGGGGAGAUUGUCCCACCAGCAGAAGUCGAUGACACAAUGUGCGCCGAACUGGGCUCCUCGCAACCGGGUACUUCUAGAACUAGUCAGGGAAGGACUGACAGUGCGUAGGCAGCGUCCGAGAGCCGAGUUAGGUACACCAAUUUAGAUUUCACUUCUUGUUUUUGAACACAAUUUACUGUACACACAUUAAUUUUCUAAUCAUAUUUCGUUAACUUUUGUCAAAAUUUGUGAUAUCACAAAGUUCUUAGAUGGUCUCCGGAGUAAGUAACCCCGGCCGCAAACCAUACCCUUGCCAGCUCCGAUCCAAGCACUGGCCUUAAAGCUGAUACUAACUCUAUUCCUCUGCUUUAGCACAAGGCCACCUGUAAUAAAGAGAGGCACUUAUUUCCGUACUCCACCUUACUUAUGUUCGUUGUGUGCAGUGAUUUCGGCUUUUCUGUCCUUCCUAGACGACCGCACUGCGGAAGUCAAAGGUAUGGCCGGUCUCUCCUGCAAGUAUUUCAUUUGGGAAAGUGGGAUUCAGUCUGAAAUCUCGAGUUGGUACCCACGUAGGUGCGUCCGUGCUUUCUCAUCCAUAUUUCCGACGUAGUUGCAGUCGCCAUCACUACAGCGGACUAUAGACAGCUGUUGUGGUUUGUGCACACUGCGGUGGAUACUCGGGCUGUAUCAGAGCCUUGGGUGUGUAAAUCGUGCCCACCUUGAAGAACUGUAGCAUCCAAGACCGCCACGAAGAGCAUUCCUGGGUCUGCCAGGUCCUACGCCACUGCCCGUGGGAAGACCACAGGUGGAUAUUUGCGAUGGGCUUAAUAAGAACCAAAUUGAAGUCGGCCAGAAACCACCCGCCGACCGGUCAUCAGGUGCUGGCUGACUAUGCAGGCGAGUCAGAAUUGUUGUCACACGAAUCAGAUGGCAAAAAACUCUAUAGGAUCAGGGCCAACCACAGGCGGGCCAUGCCCAUUUCCAUGUCCUGUUUAGGGGGCAACAUUAGUCUGCCCUACCAAUCCGUCGUCUGACCAAAUAGGGGUGAGAAUGGGUUCACUCGCAUGAAGGACGAAGGCGUUGGGUGGUUGAAAGUGCGACUAAAGUCAUCUAAGGCAUGAGCCCGCUGGCUGUCAUUGCCAAGGCCAAAGGACGGCGCGAGACCAUAAGUCUGCCCAGGGGCAUAAACGCAGAGCGCGAGUCGAUUUACACCGUCAGCUAAAUCACGUGGUCACGGCGCUCUGGUUUGCCCUGCAAAUCCGACUUAGCUUCCCCCAAAGGUGGUCGCAUAACGAGAGCCUAGCAAUAGUUCAGAGUUGUUAACAACAGAGGCGGGGGACCAGGUCGAUCGGUUCUGGCUGGUACGUUGUCUCCAGCCUGCUGCAGCCAAGACAGGGGCGGGAGUACUGAUAUAUGAGCCCUGAUCCGGAGUGUGGUCGACUGGCGUUGACACAUAGGCCAAAUACAGGAAUUGUGGUUUCUCUCGUCCUCAGCGCCAGUCUACUUCGCGAUGCUGUUUACGCUGGAGCGUCAUGUCCCAAGAAACUUUAAUGAGUGUCGCACGGCAGUGGGGGGAGGGCAGAGCGGAUGUGAUGAGGACGCCUACGACCUCCUCUUCCAACCGACGUUCACUCUCAGGAGUAAGCAUACGUGGGCCUGGCAGGGAACUGCGUUGACGGAGAGUCAUUUUGUGUUUAUUGGGGAGCGAAGGUCAGAAAUAGUAAUAGGCAUCUCCUAACCCAAGGGUAACUUUUAACUUCAAGCCCAAGCAUAACCUAAACAUCAGCCUUGACCCUAACCCUAUUGUAAGGGGAAGGGGGCAGGGUAACUGUCACUGUUUCCUACUACCUUUACUGCCGCCGCGCACGCAAAAUCUAUCGACGAAACCGAUUGGGUAUACAAGCAAACCCGGUCAGAUGCGGUUAUGUAGCCGCACCUGAGGUAAACAAACCUCAGCCACCCGUAAUACGGGACUGGUGGUGGUAGGGGUUUUUACAGGUGGGGUCGGGGAACGCACAGACGACGAGGUCAAGUAAUUGUAUGCAAAAUAAAAGCUAUUUGGAAUGCGCGGUUGCACUUUGAUUGGUUGAGAAAUAGUUUCCCUAACUUCUAACCCUACCCCUAGCUCUAACUCCUAACCCUAAUCCCAACCCCAAACAGUAUUGCGUCCACCAGGUGGGGCUACAUAACCACAUCUUACCGUCAACCCAGUGACCUUUUUAGGCGACAUCUUCGACUGAAGAAUUUCGACUUGAAUGAAGUCUAAAUGUGGAAACUACCCGAAAGCCGUCAUAAUUUCUAAAGGUCCUAGGUGUUAUUCUGGUUUCCUAAACCUGCAAAUGUUGUCUGGUGAGAUACACAAUUGGAGCGGUACACAAAGGAGUUUGUGACACGGAGGCCUGCCUCACCGGUCUUAACGACGGUAAACAUCUACCAAAUAGUCACUUCCUGGUGAGACAUCGAGGCUAUUGUAAUAUCGAAGAAGAAGAAGAAGAAGAAGAAGAAGAAGAAGAAGAGGAAGAGGAAGAGGAAGACGAAGACGAAGACGAAGAAGAAGAAGAAGAAGAAGAAGAAGAAGAAGAAGAAGAAGCGACCGUUGACAGCAUCCAACGUGUCACUCCGAUCUAA